AUGAGCAUUAAUCUUAGUAUUAAUAGAAGUGGAAACCGAGACAAACCAGGAAUCGAAGCAGUCCACGCGACAAUUGACCCUGUCGAGCCUGCAACGAACCCCCUCCAACGUUCUAUCCACUCAUCUGCACCAAAUCACCCUCCAAUCCGCAAUGCCAUAAAGGGCCAGCCGAAUAACCAAGCAGCCCCACCUACGAUCAGCAUCGAUAGUCCGAAAUGGGGGCCGAAACGGCGUCUCCUCGAAACAGCAUCACCGCCGGCGCAUACGGUUGUCGGUCGCCCAUUAGCCUCGGACACUUGCCGUGCCGUACCCAUCUACCCUAUUCUAGAAGGGGACGUGGACGUGGAGAAUAUCGAUCUGCGUCAUGCGUUUGCACUGCUAUUUCGGACAUGUGCCGUGCCGGCACGCGAGGUCCUCUGCCUGAGAUAUGCGACCGUUUGCUGCAUUGGGGUUGAUUGGCGCUUGUACGUUGAGUACGAGAUGUGA